AAAGAAAAAGUUUACAGGCCUAGAUAGGAUGCUGCCCACAAUAAUCCGCCUUCUCUGCUUAUCACAUUACAACAAAAUAUAAGAGCGACAAAGAGAGGCGAUUCCAAAAACCUGUUUUCUAACCUUCAACAUUCGUUAAGUAAACACAAUUUGUUUUUUCUUCAGUAUUACGAAUCUAACCGAGAGGUGAGGCGAUUUGGGUUAACGCGAUCGAGGAGAGCUCACAAAAAUAAACAUAGUAACCGUAUCUAUAGGCGUUUCUCUUUGUGACAUUUAGUUCGAGAGAGAGAAGUAACAACAGUUGAACGUUAAUAUUUUGAUUGUAAAGUUUGAUCCGCGCGUUUUGCUUUUACACUUAAAAAUAUGGGUUGUGCCACGGGAAUUGUGAAAUAUUUAGUGUUUAUAGCCAAUUUAUUGUUUGCCCUUGCAGGAUUGGCCUUAGUAAUAAUAGGAAUUUUGAUAAAGUUCAAUGUAAGCGAUGCCACACGAGUCCUUCCAGCAGAUUUUGGUCUGGCUCCAAUCCUUUGUAUCAUCAUCGGCGCCAUUGUCUUCAUAACUGCAUUCUUAGGAUGUUGCGGUGCGGUCCGAGAAAGUACUUGCAUGUUGACAACGUAUGCAAUCAUACUUCUGACCAUCUUCAUCGUACAAGUAGCCAUCGGAGUAUACGCUUUCCUUCAAAUAAAAGACCAAAACUCCUUCUAUUCAGCAUUGAAGACUAACAUGGAAAAAACUUUCGAUCAAAUGGAUAGAAACCCAGAAGCCAACGAAACAAUGCAUGUCAUCGAAAGAGUUUUGAAGUGCUGCGGUGUUACUGGACCAGAAGAUUACCAGACUCCGAAAGUACCACUCUCUUGUUGCAGAAACAUCGAGGUUCAAUGUCCAAGUCCCAACAACGAUGUCAACAGCGAUGGUUGCGCUAUAAAAUUGCAAGGUGAAAUCGAGAAGAAUUCUAAAAUUAUUGGAGGUGUAGCAAUUGGUAUUGCUGUCAUAGAGGUUUUGGGAGCAAUCGUCGCUCUGUGUCUGGCUAGUUCGAUCAGGAACAGUUACAGAAGACAUACAUACGCCUAAAACAAAUGAAAAAUUUUAUUUAUUUGUUAUCGAUUUUUUUCUUCUCAGUUUAAAAGUUUUUCCGUUGAUUUGAGAUUUUUAGUCUUUUUGUACCUUUAUUACUAAGAAUAUGUACACACGAUGAGAAUUUUUUUUCUUCAGGUGCACUUUUUUUCACUUUUUAACCAUAUUAUUUGUACAGGGAAUAAUAUCGAAAGUAUUUUUGAAUCUCCAACUAUGUAAAUUAUUUCCCUGUUUUAGAUUAAGAUGAAUUUUGAUACUACGACUGAUUAUAAAUCUGAUCAAAAUUAUUUGUCACAUUUGUCAUUUUCAAAAGCACUCUUUCAAAUUUAACUAUCAAUUUGUGAUAACUGACGUUUUUUAUUAAGAGCUGGCUGCCGAUUUGUCUCUCUUUAAGGAUAAAGAUAAAAUUCCUUCUUCAAUAUUUUAUUCACUUUAGUUUUUGGAAGCUCAGAAGCAGCCGAUCUCUUUCGAACGAACAGACUCGGAUUAUCGCGACGAUUUCAAUGUUUUCAUUCGUCCUCGACGUCCUGCUGGAUCCCGGUCGUGGGUAGUUUUCUGCUGAACUCGUAACUCGGAACCUUUGCACCCAUGAACGAAUCAAAUCUUCACAUGGGGCGCCACGUAACCGUCGAAUAUUAUAACGUUAACAAAAUCUUCGACGAGCAAUCAUUGGUUUUGAAAUACCCAAAAUGGUUCUUCAUUACUUUUGACAAUCAUCGUUCAGGAUGCGCCGCAGCGAACGUCUAGACAAGUUCAGAGUUUUAGCGCGCCGCCUAGUGGAGUUCACGCCGUGCGAGGACGACCAGGCGACUUCUGUUUCAUAAGUAAUCCAGUUGUGCGAAAAGCGGCAACACAACGAAGUACGCGGAAAAGCCUUUGAAUAGUAAUAACAGAUUCAUUAGUUUUGAAGAAAACGAGAUGCGCCACGGUCCACUGCGCUAUUGCUACUAAAACUGGAUGCCUUAGCCUACAAAACAACCAGCUCUGUCUUCGCACUCCCAGUACUCAAUUCAAAUUCAUGCGUUCUUUUGCGCCACCCUAUAUAAGUUUUUUUUCAAAAUGAAUAAAAAACACAUUUUUUUAGUCAGUGUAAACUAUAUUGUUGUAAGAGGCUUAUAUAUCUUCCAAAUUUAUUAAGAAACAAAUUAAAACAAAAUUAAAAUGAUUGAUUAACUCUCUGCUUCACAUGGAAAGGAAAAAAAGGGGGUAAAAAUGGAGGUGGGGGUUUAAUGUAUCCCAUCGAAAUAGAGCCGCCACUAGGAAUUUCAUCAAACCAUUUGAGAAGCUGUUCUUCCAUUAAGAUAAUCAUAAAAUGCUUAAUUUUUUCUAACAACGCGAUCGCUCCUAGAUAAAAUGCAAAGUUGUGGGCAAGACUGCACUUCGCCUAGUCGUAGCUGAUCGACUGUUCUUUUCCAUGCAUCAACCUUUGUACAAUUACCGUAUGAGAUGAAAAAUCUGCAACCAGCUCGAUAGUACCUAUAGUUACAAAGGAUUAACUAAAAACAUAUUCUAACUAGAUUUUAAGACAACACGGUGGCAAAUUAGUGAACUUACAAUGUAAAAUUUUGGAGGAACGUUGCCAAAUCUCUGUUUAUGACUUAAAUUUUUUAAUCUAUUCAAGAUUUUUUUGAAACAAUAUGAGACAAUAAAAAAUGACGUCGUGUUCCUCUUUUCACUUUGUAAGAUUGUAGUUUGAGCCCCAGUAUUGAUUUAUAUGACAAAAUAUAAUUUGUUGAAUGUAAAAUAUUUUAUCUGGGUCUAUUUUGUAUAAUAUUAACAUUUCAUAAUAAAUAAAAUUACAUCAGGAAAA